AUGGCAGUCAUCACCGAAUUGCUCAACAGCCCCUAUGUCAUACAAAGUGUGUGCAUCGCCCUAGUGGUAGUGUUCAUAACAAGUAUUUGGGCAGAUAUAGCAAACGAGAUUCCUCAUAGACGCAUUCCUUUGGUUGGAAAGUCCUGGUGGGACCUGACCAACAAAAAGGCCCGGUUACGCUUCACUCAGUCAGCUCGUCAACUAAUUGCCGAAGGCUUUGCAAAGCGUUCGCAGGGAAUCAAUGUCUUUCAGAUCAUCGGAGCCACAAGCCCGAUGAUUGUAUUGCACCCGAAGUUUGUUGACGAAAUCAAAAAUAACCCAGAUCUGAGUUUUAAGGACUCCAUCAAAAAUACCUUUUUCAAUGAUCGUAUUCCUGGGUUUGAGCCAUUUCAUAAUGGCACUGCUUUAGGUGUUACCAUCGAGGUCGUGCGGACCAGUUUGACUCAGGCGCUCGGGUCCAUUUCACUUCGGCUCUCGAAGGAGUCAGGUGCCACAUUGAAGGAAUCAUUACCCCCUACUGAUGCAACCCGUUCGCAUUGGAUUAUCCCACUGAUGCUUCCUCUGUGGGCAGAAUGGAAGUCCUAUCACCUCGCCCAGAAGAUCCCGUUCAUGGUAGCCCGCGUCUCCUCUCUGAUAUUUGUUGGAGAGACCAUAUCCCACGACGACGAGUGGAUCGAUGUUUCCGUGAACUAUGUCAUAGAUGCAUUUACGGCUAUGCGGAGUCUACGAGAAUGGCCAGCCAUUCUACAUCCGGUUGUACACUGGUUCUUACCCUCGACCCGAAAGCUACGCAUGCACUUGAAAAUGGCUCGUACCAUUAUCAGCCGCGAGAUAGACAGGCGGGCGUUGAUCCGCGCGGGUAAGCUUCCUGAGGAUGACCCACCUCGCGGACCUGAUGCCCUGGACUGGUAUCGUGAGACCGCCGAGGCUCGGAAUAACUUGACCUUUGACCAGUCUUGUGCUCAGGUUGGAUUGGCGCUCGCAGCUAUACAUACCACAUCAAACUUGUUAACCAACGUCAUGUAUGACCUCGCGGCGUACCCGGAGUACAUCCAGCUGCUGCGUGAUGAGAUUCGUGCGGUUGCCAUUGAAGACGGAAUUCUGAAGAAGACUAGCCUGCUCAAGUUGAAGUUAAUGGACAGUGUGAUGAAGGAAUCACAGCGUACUCACCCACUCGCAUUGACCUCCAUGAAUCGUCUCGCCCUUGCGAAGGUUGUGCUCUCGGAUGGAACUGUGAUUCCUAAAGGCGCCAGCUCAUCCGUUUCUGCGAAAAUACUGGAAGAUGAUAGUGUCUACCCUAAUGCUGCCACUUAUGAUGGUCACCGGUUUUACAACAAACGCCAACAGCCCGGCAACGAGCACAAGCAUCAAUUUGUCACGACAACAGCCGAUCAGUACGUCUUCGGCCAUGGUAUCCAUGCCUGCCCUGGCCGGUUCUUCGCCGCCAACGAAACCAAAAUUUUGCUCCUUCAUUUGCUUCUGAAGUACGAUUGGAAACUGCAGAGCGGCGGUCGACCUCCGAAUAUCGAAAACGGUCUCGAAUCUAUCACCGAUCCAAGGGUUCAGAUUCUAUUCCGGUCGCGCGAGUCAGAGGUUGAGCUAGGUUUCUUAGGAGAGUAG